AUGAUCAGGUCAUGGACUAAUUUUAAACACUCUAUCCAUUGGUUCGGCACUCUAGCCAUUUGUCGUCGCAGUAUUCUUACGGCACCUCAAAUCGAAGCUCUUACAAAUAAUUGCUCUCACAUCAGCCCCAAGACAUCAAAGGGACUUCCCAUCUACAGAUCAGUUGGCGUUAGUACCACAACAGACUCGACGGAGGGAAUGACGUACGCAGCGGGAGCGGGAGAAAGUGAUUCCGACAGUGGGAACUUCUCGGAGGGCAUGAGGACGGACUCGUUAGAGAAGAUGUGCGAGCGUGCACUGGAGGGCGCGGUGGCGCACGUACCCACCCUUGGAUGGUCGCGCGACUCCCUCGAAGUCGCCUGCAUGGAACUUGGCCUGCCCCCCGGUCUUCAUUCUAUUGCUAUGCCCCGAGGCCCCAUCGAUCUCGUGUUAUACUUCUACGAGUCUCGCAACCACCAUCUUGCCGAUGUGCUCGCCAAGUGGCGCAAGGAGGAGGUUGCUGAUGGCAAGGAAUACAUCAUUGCCAAGCCCAACAGCUUUGGGUUUGAGGCACCUCCUCCGUUUAAAACGAAGCAGGAGACGGACGCGUUUUUGCGCCGCGCCAUCGAGUACCGGCUUCAAACCAACAAUGAAGUGUACCCACAAUGGGGACAGGCGAUGGGCCUUUUAGCCCUACCGCAGAAUAUACCCGCUGCUAUCGGUCUCGAGGCGCAACUCGUUGACGAAAUUUGGGCACAAGCUGGUGAUAGGUCCGUUGACGUGAGUCAUCGCAUAAAUUGGUACGCAAAGCGUCUAGGUUUGGCGUACGUGUACAAACUGACCGAACUGUUCUACAUACAAGACACAUCACCCGACCACAAGGCGACCUGGGAAUUCCUCGAUCGUCGAAUAGCCGACCUUCGGGCUAUGAAGGAAGCCAAGCUUAAAGGUAUUGCCAGCAUGUUGCGUGAGGGAUUCUUCGCUGCUGGUCACGUCUAUUACAACAGUAUAACAGCAGAAGGCAUGCCCCAACAUCAAUGGAACAACAGGAGUAUAGACAAGCACUCACCUCGAACAUCUUGGGUUGGAAUUGUAGAGGCUGUUAGAUUCGUUUCCCACCAACCCAUCCCCGACUUUGCUGCACUACUAGGAGUCGAGUGUGUGAAUAAAUCUGUCCAAAACUCUGCCUUUUUUCUGCAUGUUUGGUGUGUAAGAGAAAUUUAUUUACACCGCGCCUACUUAACGCAGUUGGAUUGGGAAAUUAGUCCUUUACUAUCGAGGGCCGAAAAGUGUGCUGCGGUUUUGCGCCUGUGUAAGAUGUGA